AUGUCCAGCGGCGACGAGGAAGCGCCGCCAAAACCCGCCGCCCCGUCAAAGCCCAUGGGCAUGUCGCGAUUCCUCAAGGGCGCAGGUUCGAGCUCGUCUAGCUCGGAAUCUGAAUCUGAGGAGGAGAGCGACGAGGAUGAAUCGGAAGAAGAGAAGCCAAAGAAGAAAAGUCGAUUCCUUGUUGGCGGCGAUGCAAGUGACGAGAGCGACGAGGGUGAGAAGCGUAUCGUGAAGAGCGCAAGCGAAAAGCGUUUGGAGGAGAUGGAAGGUGUUGGCAAGACUAUCGAAAAUCGUCUCAAAAUUAAUGAUUGGGUAACAAUAUCGAAUGAAUUCGACAAGCUUGGCCGGUUAGUAGAGCGUCAGACUAAUCUUGCAGAACGAGUGCCUAGCUUCUACAUCCGCACGUUGGUCAACUUGGAUCAAUCUUUGAACACCGCUUUGGCGAAAGAGAAGGAGACGAAGAAGAAAAUGAAUGCUACCAACGCACGGGCGCUCAACACCAUGAAGCAGAAGGUCCGAAAGACAAUCAAGGAAUAUGAGAAGGAGGUUAAAUUAUUGCAAGAGGAUCCUGAAGCAUUCGAGCGCGAAUAUGCUGCACCUGUUCCAGCCCCUGCAGCCCCUGCAAAGACCAAGAAACCGAAAGCGGGUGCGGAGGCAGAAUCCGGUGCGGAUGACGAUUUCACGACUGUAGGCAAGGGUGGAAAGGCAAUACAAUACACGUCAGAAAGCAUCUUUCAAAAUCUCCAGCUUAUUCAAGAGGCCAGAGGGAAGAAGAACACGGAUAGGGCAGAGCAAAUCAAAAUUCUCGAGAAACUACUCGAGGUUGCUGUUACAGUGUAUCAGCGAAUUCGGGUGCUACUUGCUCUUGUUUCGUCACGCUUUGAUUAUAACUCAUCCAUCGCGACACAUAUGCCUGUUGAACUCUGGUUAGCCGCACAGCGGGAAGUUGACGCGUUAGUCAAUAUCCUUGCUGCUGAGCCGCAAUAUUCUGUCGAGGAAGUGACUCCCGAGUACGACGAACUUGCGGAGCGUACUCCAGACCAGGAGGCCGAUAAAGUUGUCCGGAUUCGUGGAAGCAUCAUCAGUUUCAUAGAUCGCCUGGAUGACGAAUUCACCAAGAGUCUCCAGAACAUUGAUCCUCACGGCACAGAAUAUGUGGAGAGGUUAAGAGACGAGAAAGGCCUGUACCAGACUAUUUGCUUGUCCCAAGGCUAUUAUGAAAAAACGAAGCAAGACGACCCUCUUUCUCGAGUUAUCUUACGUCGACUAGAACAUAUUUACUCGAAGCCGGAUGCCGUCGUCCAAGCUCUUGAAUCCUCUGUCGCAUCUUCCGCAUGCCCUCCCUCCGUGUCUCUGUCGUCCUCUGGCUCAAGCAAGGGCCUCAUUCAAGCGCUUUGCGUACACCUUUACAAGUCAGAAAGCGGGAUUUUGAAGAUGCGAGCCAUGCUUUGUCAUAUCUACCACCAUGCUCUGCAUAACGACUUUCAUCGAGCGCGCGACAUGCUUCUUAUGUCACAUCUGCAGGAGACAGUGCAUGGUGCUGACGUUCUGACGCAAAUUCUAUACAACCGGGCUGUCGUUCAAAUUGGUCUCGCUGCAUUCCGUAUUGGUCUUGUCCGUGAGGCACAGGCCACCUUGCAGGAUAUCUUCAACACUCAGCGAGUAAAGGAGCUACUUGCGCAAGGCGUGCACCAACGCUACCAGACACUAUCUCCUGAACAGGAAAGAGCCGAACGUCAGAGACAGCUUCCAUUCCACAUGCACGUCAACACGGAACUCCUGGAAGCAGCGUUCCUCGUGUCUAGCAUGCUUGUCGAGAUACCCAUGUUAGCAAGCAUUGACAACGAGGAACAGCGACGCAGAAUCGUUUCAAAACCGUUCCGCCGUCUACUCGAUUUUGCUGACCGACAAGUUUUCACGGGUCCUCCGGAAAGCACUCGGGAUCAUAUUAUGCAAGCGAGCAAGGCGCUUCAAGGAGGUGAUUGGGAGAAAUGCCGUGACCUCAUCCAGAGCAUCAAGAUUUGGAGUCUAAUGCCCGAGUCUGCAUCAGUAAAGGAGAUGUUAUCAAAACGCAUCCAAGAAGAGGCCUUACGCACCUACCUCUUCACCUACGCUCCACACUACAGCACGCUCUCCCUCUCCCUACUCGCUCGCACCUUCUCACUCACACUCAAACAAGUAACAUCCAUCGUCUCCAAGAUGAUCUGGACCGAAGAACUCGCCGCUUCACUCGACCAAAGUGCAGGCGUCGUUGUCUUCCACCAAGUCGAGUUGUCGCGUGUGCAGCAGGUCGCGUUGACGCUCGCAGAACGCGCUUCAGCACUUAUAGAGCAGAACGAGAAGACGCUCGACGCGAAGCAGGGUACUGCAGCUUGGAGUGAUCGUGCGGAAGGGCUUAAAGGUGAGAAGCGUGGUGAACAGACUGGAGAGAGGAAGGGACGUGGGGAACGUACGCGGGGUGCUACAAGGGGAGGUACUCGAGGUGGUCGUGGUGCGCGUUUCUCUCAAGGUCUAGGUAACCGAAUGCCAGGCUCUUCAGCAACGACACGUGUCCGUUAG